AUGGGUCUGCUGCGUCUUCACAUUGAUGGGAAGGUCUUUAAAGACCCGCAGAACCGAGAGAUUGUGCUAAGGGGGAUCAACGUUGCAGGGGAUGCCAAAUACCCCAAAACGCCUGAUAUUCCCUCGUUUGUGUCAGACAAGUUCUUCGAAGCAGACGAUGUUUCCUUCGUGGGGCGCCCAUUUUCGCUGGAGGACUCACACACACACUUCAAGAGACUGCGUAAGUGGGGGUAUAAUGCGAUCCGAUAUAUCUUCACCUGGGAGGCAAUCGAGCAUGCCGGGCCUGGUAUCUACGACGAGGAGUGGAUAGCAUUCACCAUCGAGGUUCUGAGAAUAGCGAAGCAAUAUGAGUUUUAUGUCUUCAUGGACCCUCAUCAGGAUGUGUGGUCUCGAUUGUCUGGAGGAUCUGGUGCACCAUCGUGGACACUCCAUGCAGCAGGCCUUAACCCUAUAGGAUUCAAGUCAACUGAAGCUGCGCUCGUUCAAAACACCUAUGAUAACCCUGUCGAGUUCCCGAAGAUGAUCUGGAGCACGAACUAUACCCGUCUUGUAUGCCAGACCAUGUUCACACUCUUCUGGGCAGGCCGAGAUUUUGCACCCAAAGCGAUCAUCGACGGCAUGAACAUCCAAGACUAUCUUCAGGGUCAUUUUAUCGCAGCGUGCAAGCUUUUGGCACAAAGGAUCCACGAGGCUGGGGAUAUUGAGCACGACGUGGUGAUUGGCUGGGAGAGUAUAAAUGAGCCUCAUCGUGGUCUGGUUGGCAUAAAAGAUAUCUCCAUCGUUCCUCCAGAGCAGCAGCUUCAGCUUGGUACAUCACCCACAGCUUUUCAGGCAAUGCUGACCGGUGCGGGACGAGCUUGUGAGGAAACCACAUGGGCCUUCGGCAGCUUUGGACCCUACCAGACUGGGAGACAACUCGUGGACCCAGAGGGAGAAUCAGCUUGGCUCCCUGCCGAUUAUGAUGACAGUAAGUAUGGCUGGCAACGAGAUUCCGCCUGGAAGCUCGGAGAGUGUAUUUGGGCUCAACAUGGUGUCUGGGAUCCGGAUACGGACACGCUUCUUCAGAAGGACUACUUCUCGAAGGUGCCUAGCACUGGAGAGAAACUGAACUACGAGAUAUUCACCAAUACCUAUUUCUUGGAACACUACCGGAAAUAUAGAGAUGCGAUUAGGGGCAUCUGGCCGGCCGCGAUCUUGCUAUGCCAACCUCCUGUGAUGGAGGUUCCGCCUGACCUUAAAGGAACUAGAGAUGACGACCCGAACAUGGUACACGCCGUUCACUACUACGACGGUCUGACUCUUUUGACCAAACACUGGAACCGUCUCUACAACGUGGAUGUCAUUGGAGUUCUUCGCGGCAAGUAUUGGGCUCCUGCGUUUGCUGUGAAACUCGGAGAGUCGGCGAUCCGCAAUUGUCUUCGUGAUCAGCUCAAGUUUCUCCGCGACGAAAGCUUGAACUACAUGGGCGAUCACCCGCUGCUUUUUACCGAAAUUGGGAUUCCAUAUGAUAUGGAUAAUAAACAGGCCUACGAGACGGGGGAUUAUAGCAGUCAAACAAGCGCGAUGGAUGCCAAUCAUUUCGCACUGGAAGGCAGUACAUCGAAUGGCUUCACCUUGUGGCUAUACCAGACAGAGAACAACCAUGAAUGGGGCGAUCUCUGGAAUGGAGAGGAUCUAUCUAUCUACUCCCGGGACGAUCUGGAACUUCCAACCAAGGCCACGUACGGAUCACUCAACCCACAGUCCCCGGGUUACUCUGAAAGUCAUAGCAGUGGAGACGAGUCGGAGGUCGGUCCGCGGAACCUGAAGGGCGCCCUGACGAAUCUAUCGAUUUCCAGCGUUAGCUCUCAAACACCCAAGGGCUACCGCGCUGCCGAAGCUUUCCUUCGCCCGAGUCCAAUCUACGUGAGCGGAACCCUCGACAGCCAUGUAUUUGAUCUUCAGAACUGUACAUUCUCGAUGGCAUUGACUGCCAAAGUAGCCACGCUAUCAGAAGCCCCGACGGAAAUUUACCUACCUGAAUUCCAUUUCCCAGAGAAUUGCGCUGUCGUCGCAGUCAGCGGAGGGAAGUGGGAGAUUGACUAUCACGAAAUUCAGACGAUUAAGAUCCAGCGAUUGCGGUGGUGGCACGCUGAAGGAGAACAGGAUAUCAAGAUUGACGGAGUUAAGCGCAAAGCAGGGGAAUUUGCCAACCCAUCCGGAGACGACAUUACGUAUCUUGAACAGUGCCAGAAGGGCGCUUGCCUUGUGAUGUGA